AUGUCUGGAUCAUCAUUUCAAGCGGUCUUCUUUGACUGGAAGUGGCCGGGAUACAAGGGUGUUGGACUGCAAUCUGACGGCCAUACGAAAAAAUUACGACCAUCAUUCCUUACAAAUGGCCUUACUCUUACUCUUCUUGCCUACGAUACGUCAAAACGAAAAAGAAGAGGCUCACAAGCUGCCCGACCUUCGAACACUCAAACAUCUCAAGCAGGCCAGACUUCUUCAAGUGCCCAGCAGGGACCCUCAUCCUCAAGUGCUCAACGGGGAUCUUCAUCUUCGAGGGCUCGGCGAGGAUCUUCAUCUUCAAGGGUUCGGGCAAGCUCAAGUGCUCAACGGGGAUAUUCACCCUCAAGUGUCCCGCGAGGAUCCUCAUCCUCAAGUGCUCAACAGGGACCCUCGUCUUCAGACGAUGACGAUGACGAUGACGAUGACGAUGAUAUCUUGCUGGGUGCCAACGACAUAGACUUGCUGAAAGUUGAUGAGCCGUUCUUAGAUGGCGAAGAAGAAGAAGAAGCAGUUGAAGAAGGCGCAUCGAGUACAGAUCCGCUGCCUCCAGUGCGGCGCGAGAUCAACUGGAAGCAAAGCUCCCGUCUCCUCGAUAAUUUGGAUCCAAGAAGGCCCAACGAGCGCGACAUCCUCCGGAUUUCUAGAGCCUAUCUUUACAAGCCAUCCACUAAGUUCCGGGGUGAGCUAGAGAGGCGGAAGCAUAAAAAAGGGAUUACAGCAAUUGAAGGCAACAUCCCAUCAUUCUCAAGGUCCACUCUAACAGAUUAUUUCAAUUAUAUGAAGAGGUUGCAGCCAAAUCAAGUUCCAUCAAGUACUGGAGCUGGAGCCGGUAAUGGCAAUAGAGUGACUAUAUACAGAACGCUAUUCGAUUUCUAUAAUGAUGGCUGGUUUGUUCGAAAUGCCUGGGACAGUAAAAAAGCACAGAAAGGAUGCGUUGAUUAUGUGAUCAAGGCAGUUCUGCUUACAGGUGGAAGUAAUGGACGAAGAAGAGGCUCCAACACGAAUGCGGUGAUCUGUAUUGGACUUGGAGCAUUCAAGACAAACCGAGGACAAGCAUCAAAGCAUGUGAUAUUGACGAAGAAGCUUGUUGAAAAGGCAAAAGCUCUAGGCUACCCCGUUGUAGGUUGUCACGAAUACUACACAUCUGCCAAGUGUCCACGACUUCACUGUGAUACUUUAUUGGAGAAUGUGCCUUAUCGAUCCAAGUACUGUCGAAACUGUAAAGCAUACUUUGAUCGGGGUGUUGUUGGUGCUGAAAAUAUUGCACGGAUCUGUGAGUCUCAGAUAAAAGAUCAAAUACGACCUUCAAAAUAUAAGCCGCCAGAAGGAGGAGUUCAAGGUCAAGCUUCUAGCGGUGGUGGAGGUAGUGGAGGUGAUGAUGGUACCACCAAACGAAUGUUCUCAGAUGACGGAGAAGGAGGAGUGGAGGGAUCAAGGCCACCAAAGGAACCUUUGUUAAGCCCAGGAGAAGGAGAGACAUCAAGCGGGCAGCAACAAUAG